CCUGAACAUUCCCAGCGACCCAGCUCCGCGCUCACGAGGAUAUCCACCCCAAAAAACGCCCAAAACCGCGAGCCGCGUGUGCGCUCGAAACCAUCUCCGCCACCGCCACCGCGACAGAGGCACGGGUCGCCACGUACGUUCGCAGCUCGCGCUGCCGGAUUCCUGCCGCGUCAUCGUGCAGCGGCUGCCACCUGAGCAGUGCCACCACCACGGCCGUUUCCCAGGCACAAACAGAUCGGGCACCGGAGAGGUUGGGAGGAGAGCUUGGGUUGGCCUGACGAAAUGGCGGAGGAGAAGAGCACGAUGCAGUCGAUGAGGGAGUGGGUCGUCGACCACAAGCUCCGGGCCGUCGGGACGCUGUGGCUGACUGGGGUGGCGAGCUCGAUCGCGUACAACUGGUCGAGGCCCGGCAUGAAGACCAGCGUCAAGAUCAUCCACGCCAGGUUGCAUGCUCAGGCCCUCACACUGGCUGCAUUGGCUGGCUCUGCACUGGUGGAGUACUACGACCAUCGGUCAGGUUCAGGAUCAAGAGUUCAUCAGUAUGCGAAGCAGUUCAUCACACCUGAGAGCAACCCACAAAAAGAAUAGAGGACGUUGUGUACUUAAUCAACGCCAGAUGUAUCGAUAUGAUUUCCUACGCACAAAUUCUGUGGCGUCUGAAUCUCCUACGUACUGUCUGUUUUCCCUUCUCUGCCUGCUUUCUGUAUAAGCUAAGCUGCUGAACUAACAUUCAGGGUUUCAGACGCUGCGAUAUCGAUGAUGAAUGAUAAUGAACUGGCAUCAGCUGUGUAAUGUAAUACAUUUGUUGUUUCUUGUCAAGACGAAUCAAAUGUUCUGAUUUUCUAUAUGUGUGUAACUAUUGAGGCUUUUU